AAAAAGAUGGAUUCCGGACUAUCCUGGGCUGAUCAAUGGGAUACAAACCCUGACCCUCCUCAGACUUGUACAAAAGAAGAUGAAGGCAAAAAGAAAACAAAGAAGAAGAAGGAUGAAGAUGGAAGCAUAAAAAGCCUUGGGAAGAAUAUACUUGGAUUCCAAUGGAUGAAGGAUCUUCGUAAGAAAAAGUGAUUAAUUACUAGAGAAUAAUCAAAACCACUGUUCAUUGUAUCAUAUCCCCUUUCAUUCUUGCUAUUCUUUUACAUUUAAUCUAUUCUUGCUCUUCAUCUUGAUUCAAUACCAAUUGCAAAUGAACACUAAUGUAAACGAUAAAUUAUCCAAAAUCUUAAUAAAUCC